AUGCCGACCUCUCAUGACCUUCUCAGACCCGCCCUCCGCGACCUCAUCUACGCCAACCACAUCCUACACCACCACGGCGUAGUCGACGCCUACGGCCACGUCUCGAUCCGCCACCCCACCGAUCCAUCAGUGUACAUCAUGUGCGGCUACAUGGCUCCUGCGAUGGUAUCAUCCCCGGACGACCUGAUCCAUUACCACGUCUCGAGCUCCGACCCGGUCAACCCAAAAGCCAAAAAGGGCUACUCGGAACGCUUCAUCCACGGCGAAAUCUUCAAGCGCUUCCCCAGCGUCCAGUGCGUUGUCCACAGCCACGCCGAAGAGGUCCUGCCCUACGUCGUCAGCACGGGUGUGCCCAUGCGCGCCGUCUACCAUAUGGCCGGGUUCCUCGGGUCCCAGCCAGCCAAGGUCUUCGACAUAGCCCCGCACUAUCGGGAUGGCGAUCAGCAGGACAUGCUGGUGAGGAACGCACGCUUCGGAACGGCAUUGGCUGAAGUGUUCGCCAACAACGACAACAGCAGCAGCCACAGCAGCAGCAGUGCCAAGCCAGAUGAGACGGUCGUGUUGAUGAGGAGGCAUGGGUUUACCGCUGUGGGGGAGAAUCUCGUCACGACGGUCUAUCGGGCCAUCUAUACGCGGAUCAAUGCAGAGUCGCAAACGAAAGCAAUGGCAAUCGCAAGAAAUGUCUACGGGGAGCAGUCCGAAAAAAAGGGAGGCUUUGACGGACUGACCCAACUGCAGGGAGAAGGGUGCUAUGUCAUGUGCGAGCAAUAUCAAGAUAAGCCGUGGAGGCUCUGGGUGAGGGAGGUCGAGAGGAAUCCCUUGUAUGACAACAGCUUGAGUGAGGGUAAUGACUUUGCAUGA